AUGUCAAAAAACGAGGAUGAUGUUAAGAAUGAUUCUAAUAAUAAUUUGGGUGAUGAUUUCGAUUAUCAACCGAAUGUAGAAGAUGAUGCUGAAGACAACGAUGUGGAUUCGCUGGAUUCUACUAGCAAGAGUGAAGAAGUCUGUGGUGUAAAAAGAAUAACAAAUUUAAUGGUGGAGGAUAUUUGGAACCUGGAGUUUAGGAUAGAGGAUGAGGCUUGCCAAUUUUAUAACGCUUAUUCUUGUUGGCAUGGAUUUGUAAUGAGGAAGGACGACGUGGUUAGGGAUAAUCAAAGUAGAAUCAUUAGCAGGCAACUUGUUUGCAAUAAGGAGGGCUGGAGGAAUAUGAGGGUAAAGCUUGACUACCGCUGCGGUAGAUGGAAGGUAUCAUGUUUUGUAGAAUCUCACAACCACGAUCUGACGCAACCCCAAUUUGCGUAUCUGGUUCCGGCCAAUCGUCGUCUCACUGUUACUGAUAAAGUCCAAGUAAAAAAUCUUCAUAAUUUUGGUGUCAAGACUUGCCAUAUUAUUGGGUAUAUUGCGUUCCAGAAGGGUGGAUAUCGUCAUGCUGGCUUCACAUGCAAAGAUUUGUACAACCACAUUGAUCGUUAUCGUCGGUCAAAAGUUAAAAACGGGGAAGCCAAUGCGGUAAUAAACUAUUUGAUUAGCAAGUCAAACAACGAUCCGCUGUUCUUUGGGAAGUAUACGUUCACUAGUGACAAAAGGCUCGAGCAUAUUUUUUGGGCAGAUGGGCAGUCAAUUGUCGACUAUCACUGCUUUGGAGAUAUUGUUGCAUUUGAUUCAACGUACAAGAAGAAUAAAUACAACAAGCCUUUGGUCAUUUUCUCCGGAUGCAAUCAUCAUGGGCAGACUGUUAUCUUCGGCUCCUGCCUACUAUCCAACGAAACCACAGAGAUGUAUAAGUGGUUGCUGAAAAUGUUUGUUGAAGCGAUGGGUGGAAAAAGUCCUAAAGCAGUAAUAACUGACAGAGAUCUUGCCAUGCGAGAUGCAAUCAAGAAUAUUUUUCCUGAUGCGACCCAUCGGUUAUGCGGAUGGCAUCUUCAGAGAAAUGCAUGUGAAAAUAUAAAGAAUCCUAAUUUCCUACGCGAUUUUAAGGGUCUUAUAUACGACAACAACGACCACAGAGACUUUGAUCAGAGAUGGGCAGCCAUUUUGGAUAAGCACAACCUUGUUGGGAGUACUUGGAUGGAAAAGACAUACGAAAUUCGUGCAAUGUGGUCCCAUUGUUUCCUCCGAGAUAAGUUUUUUGGUUACAUAAGGACGACCUCACAGUGUGAAGGUAUAAAUUCUCUCAUCAGAUUUUAUGUUAAUCGCAAGAACACCCUCAUUAACUUCAUGCAUAACCUGGAUAGGGCCUUAAAGAAGUAUAGAAACAAUGAAUUAAUAGCUUACUUUAAGUCUCAGUGCUCAGAGCCAGUAAUGAUUACCUCGUUGGAGGUAUAUGAAAGAUCUGCAUCAUGUUAUUUCACUCGAAACAUUUUUAAGGAAAUUCGUAAUGAGAUUCAGAGGGCAUGGGCUUUGAAUAUCAAGGUACUAAGCACAACCUUGGACAAGGUAGAGUUCAGUGUGACUGCUCUCGGAGACCCGGCCAAAGAUCGACAGGUGGAAGUCGAUAGAAGUAAGAACCUGUUCUCGUACUCGUGCAAGCUGUUUGAAUCACGUGGCAUCAACGAUCCCUUUGUUGUCAAAAGCAAAGGAGCCCCUUCCAAGAGGUCUUAUUGGAGGAAGAAGAGAGCAUGCUCUAAUUGCCACAAGUACGGUUAUUACUACAAGCGCUGUCCAGAUUUGAUGCAGCAUAAUGUGCAAGGUAACCCUUGCGAUCGAUUAGACACCAAUGCAUCAGCGAAGGACUCAGGUUUUAGUCCAGAAAGGUUUGCUAAUUCUUCAAGGUCGUUCUCAGUUAAGUCCGAACACCAUUCAGGAGCUAAGACCAAGCCUUUUAAAAAGGGUGGAUUAAGAAAAUUUACGGCGACGGGUAUGAGGAACCGGAAGGGUAACGACAACAUGUUUGAUGAGGUGAAGGAGUCACAACAGGACAAGGGACAUUCAUUCACAAACUAUGAAUGCUUUAAUGAUGUCAUGGAUGAAAAAUGUGACACACCACAUGUGCAGAACGAUGUCCGAGAUCCGUUACCAUCUUCAUUGCCUUGUGGAAACAAACAAGAAUCGUACAUGGCAUUGUUCGCGUCGAUGCAUAGGGCAUUUUGA